ACAAUUAGGGUUAGUGACGUCAUAAUGAAAUCGACGCAUUUGAUUGUUGGUUGUGGAUUGUCCGGGUCGGUUAUCGCGGAAAGAAUCGCGAACGUUUGGAACGAGAACGCUCUGAUUAUCGAAAAACGAGAACAUAUCGGUGGGAACUGUUACGAUUAUGUUGACGAUCAAACUGGGAUUCGGAUGAAUAAAUACGGAGCGCAUUUGUUCCAUACGAAAGACGAGGGCGUGUGGAAGUAUGUCCAAACAUUCGAUAAGUGGACACGAUGGGAGCAUCGCGUUUUAUCAAUGGUGGACGGACAGUUCGUACCCGUGCCUGUGAAUAUUACAACCGUGAACCAAGUUUGUGGGGAAAAUAUUGAAGAUACUGAAGAGAUGGACGCAUGGUUAAGUGCUGUACAGUAUAAAGGACCCAUUGAGAAUAGCGAGGACAUGGCGGUGUCUAGGGUGGGAAGAGUUUUGUAUGAGAAGAUGUUUAAACCUUACACGGUGAAGCAAUGGAAUAAAGGGCCCGAGGAGCUUGAUCCAAGCGUGCUGGCCAGAAUACCAAUUAGAAGGGAUUUUGACGUCAGGUAUUUUAGCGAUAAAUAUCAAGCCUUGCCCGCGAAAGGUUACACUCAUUUUUUUGAACGUUUGCUAGAUAACCCAAGGAUCCAGGUACAGACUGGAGUCGACUUCUUUAAAUACAAGCUCGAACAUGACCUUGGCCAGUUUAAAAGCAUCUUUUAUACUGGACCUAUUGACCAAUAUUUUGAUGGUUUAAAACUUGAAAGCCUUGAAUACAGAAGCAUCGACUUCCAUAUUGAACGCUUUAGUGAUAUGAACUAUUUCCAACCGUGUUCUGUUGUUAAUUACCCAGAGACCAAUGUCCCAUUCACCAGGAUAGUAGAGUACAAGCACUUUCUUAACCAGACGUCAAAACAUACUGUAACUGUCAAGGAAACGACCAACGACCACGGCGACCCUUACUACCCGAUACCAAACAAGAGAAACAUGGAGUUAUAUGAAUGCUACCGGCAGAUGGCGGUAAAGGAGGAAAAAGAGAAAAACGUUCAUUUUGUUGGGAGGCUGGCCAACUAUAAAUACAUGAACAUGGACCAAGCAAUAAGAAAUGCACUUGACUUAUUCGAUCGCAUCAAUAGUAAAGAAGAAAUGAACUAAAAAUACCGAACAGAUAAAAAAUAGGCGCCAAACCUGGGGUGGUUGGGUGGGCAGGUCAAACCUGGAAUUAUCUACAUUA